GCGGGCGGGGGCCGGGGCAGGAGCGGCGAACCCCCUGCCUCCCACCACGCCCUUCACCGGCUCCCGGAACCUUGAGCGCGCGGAACCUCGCUGCUGGAGCGCGGGCGCGGCGGACCCGGAGGGCGAUGGAGUGGGCGCGCGGGCCGCGGGCCGAGGCCGACGCGCCUGGGGAGGAGGAGGACGAGGAGGCGGGGGCGGCUAUGGCUGCCGUGGUGGCGGCAGCGGGUGGCGCGGGCCCGGCCGUCCUGCAGGUGGCCGGCCUCUACCGCGGCCUGUGCGCGGUGCGCAGCCGCGCCCUGGGCCUGGGGCUCGUGUCACCCGCGCAGCUGCGCGUGUUCCCGGUGCGCCGCGGCUCGGGCCGGCCCGCGGGGGGCGCCGAAGGCAGUGGUGUCGGGAACGAGAUCGAGGCCAACCCCUUCUACGACCGCUACCGCGACAAGAUCCAGCAGCUGCGCAGGUCUGACCCAACUGCUUUUGAGUCCCGACUGGAGAAGUGCAGUGAGUUUCGGAAGCAGCCAGUGGGGCACUCCAAGCAAGGUGACUUUAUCAAAUGUGUGGAACAGAAGACAGACACAUUGGCGAAACAGCGUAUGAGCAGAGGAUUCACCAAGGACAAGACUCUCAGUUCAAUCUUUAACAUUGAGAUGGUGAAAGACAAAACUGCAGAAGAAAUAAAACAGAUUUGGCAGCUGUAUUUUGCAGCAAAAGAUACAGUCUACGCAGUUAUUCCUAAAGAGAAGUUUGAUUUGAUCUGGAACCGGGCUCAGUCCUGUCCAACAUUUCUGUGUGCACUACCAAGAAGGGAAGGUUAUGAGUUUUUUGUCGGGCAGUGGACAGGUACUGAACUCCACUUCACUGCACUUAUAAAUAUUCAGACCCGAGGGGAAGCUGCAGCCAGCCAGCUGAUUUUAUAUCACUACCCUGAACUUAAGGAAGAAAAGGGCAUAGUGCUGAUGACAGCAGAAAUGGAUUCCACGUUUCUGAAUGUUGCUGAGGCACAGUGCAUUGCCAACCAAGUUCAGCUCUUCUAUGCCACUGAUCGAAGAGAAACCUACGGGUUAGUGGAGACCUUUAACUUCAGGCCAAAUGAGUUCAAGUAUAUGUCUGUCAUCGCUGAAUUGGAACAAAGCGGACUUGGAGCAGAACUGAAAUGUUCUCAGAACCAGGAUAAGACUUAGAGCUGUGAGGUUGGUUUACAGAGUCUGCUCAGCCCUGGAUAGUCCUGAGCCUACCCACCCCUUGACCUCUCGGGAGCUCAGCAUCUAUAAUGAGCAGUCUCUAAGGAGCUGCCCUGUAUGCUUAUUGCAAGAAGUAACAUGGAGGUGAGCCCCGUUACUUGAUUGUCAGGAACAGAGGUACCCAAGCAUUCUGAUCAUUAUCUCCCAGCAUACUUGAGGUUUCCUUUUUAAGUGUUUGAGGUCAUAACCAGAGACAGCCAAGGAUCCACAAGAUGGUUGACUUGAUUUUACACACUGUAAUAGUAUAUUUGUUUUCUGGACAUUUUGACUGCACAGCUCCCAAAUGAUUAGUUCCUCAUCUUUAUAAACUGUGACAGGAUAAUAAGCUUGAAGACCUGUAGUUAGAUGUGGGCUUUACAUACUCUUCCCACUUGGCUGGCCAAAGGCAUAACCCAGAUAUCCUGUUAGACUCUAGAACAACCAGAUAUUGCCAUCAGGAUUAAGACUCCGUCUAGAUGCCCCCAGAGAUGGCUUUAGUGUAGCUGGUUUGAAGUAUCAGCAGAUUUCAGUUAUAGUUAAACGGGUACAGUGCCUGCUGCCUGCAUAUUUUGAAACUAUGGCUUGUGGCACCUGCUUCUCUAACUCUGCCUGUUGGAAGCUGUGUAUUUGGAGGGGCUGAAUCAAGUGCAGUAUAAAUAAAUCAACACUUUUGUAAAGAGAGGAUGAAUCCAGAUUUGCUUUUUUUUUUUUUUUAACAACUCUAAACCACGCCAGUAUUAUAGAAAAGGUUGGCGGAAGCAAAUGUACCCAUAUUGGGUGUGGUAGCAAUAAAAUAAAGUCUGGCUUAUAAUCUUUGUUACACUAAAUAGUGAAAUCUAAGCUGUGUGCUAUCCAUAGCGUCAGUACUGUGGGCUGAUUUCAUCAAAACUCAUCUUUGGACUCAGCAGUUGCUUGAAAUGCCAGAAAUAAGAAAGAAGCUCUCCAACGCAGGAAACUCAGGUUUGGUUAGUAGUGCCACUGUUGUGGCUCCAAGCUCAGCGAUAGAAGCGGGUGGCGGUUACACACCAGCCUUCUGAACUCGAGGCCCCAGAGCGUGUCCCCGCCCCCGGGAUUGUUGUCAGCCGCCUCGAUUAUAAUACCUUUCCUUUUCUUCAUCUAACAUGCUCCACUUUGCUGCUCCUGCCUAUGGUCUGGCGAAUGACAAAAUAUGGUGAGUGGGAAUGUAACCAGGAUUUGCAGUUUGUGUGUGUGUUUUCUUUAUUACAGGAGACUUUUUAUAAGUUGGGCUUGUCCCCAAGUCCUUUAAAUGGGGUUGGACUUCCCAUUAUUUUCUGAGCUGUGUUUAUUUUGCUGUACUUCUGAGUCUGUGUGUAGAAAGAGACAGAUAGUGUUUGUUUAACCUGGAAAAGUUGCUGGUCUUUCACAAUUUCUCUUAAGGUUGAGCUGUUUCCUAAUGCAAAUUCAGGCCUCUGUUCCUGACAGUUAAUUUUUUUUGAGAAACUUGAGUCUGGGUGUUUGGAGUCCCAGGAAUCUUUGAUAUCAGGUGGAGUUACUUUCAUGGAUAUGUUUCCUUUUCCCUCCAGAUGGACCCAGGCUUUAGCCAUAGUACCUUUCAUAACACCUCCACCAGAAGGUGAGAAAAUGAUGGGGAAAGAAGUCAGAACUGGCUGCUCAUUUUAUUGUUCCUCCCAGUUUGCCCUGAAUCCCCCACUCGCCAAAGAAGGAUGUAUCCAUGGCCAGUUACAUUGGACAUGAUCAGAGUACCAUCUGGCUGUUCUUUAUAUUUACUUAGCAAGAUCUGGCAAAGAACUAAAAGAAAAUUGUUACAUUAAUCAGUCCCCUGGUACAACAUGGUGUUAUAGAAAGUGGACAGGCUUUACAGUUAAGUGAAUCUAGGUUCAGUGUUGGGAUUCAUUAGCUCCAAAUGUUGAACAAAUUAUUUAAGCUCUCUAAUUCUGUUUCUUUAUCUGUAAAAUAAGAGUAAUAAUAUCUACCUCACAGGAUUAUUGUGAGGAUUAAAUUAACUUACAUAGAGACUAUAUAGAGCUUAAUAAAUGUCAACUCCCUUCUUCCUCCCUUCUUGCCCUACCUCUCACCGAAGGCCAACACAAAUUAGCAUUUCAGAUGUGCAGAUCAUUCUUCAUUCCAGUUUUAUAAGCAAACCUUAUCUCACAGGUUCUCAAACUUUAAGUUGCAGUGGAAUUACCUAGAGCACUUUAGAAUGCAGACUCCCAGGUCCCAAAGCCCAACCUGCUGAAGUGCUGGGAAUCUGCAUUUUAAUAUGUGUUCCAGAUGAUUCUGAUGUAGAUAAUUAGCCAGCCACACUCUGAGGACCACUACCUUAUCUGUUCCUCACAAAAAAUACCCAUUAGCCAGGUCUCUCGUUCCUGUGGACAUGAACCGUAGAAUCCGGUGCCUCUGCUCUUUGCCUCCUGUAGGGGUCCCCUCGGCAUACGCUACAUUAUAUUUACUCAUGUAUGUAUCUUUCCCCCAGACUGUGAGCUCCUUGAGGGCCAGGGUUUAUCUCCAUUCUCAGCACCAAGGACAUGGUCUGGAACAGAGAAGAUACUCAGGUUUUUGUUGAAUAAAUAAAUGACAUGGAUUUUAGCCAAAA